CAAUUCCCAUAAGACAACGGGCUUAGUGCUUGUGCGUUCCAAGGGUUGGUCCGGUCUCAUCUCGAUAGUUAGUUCCACGGUUUAAAAAAUGUGAUCGCCUGAAUGUGAAGAGGAAAGGAGUUGAAAGCAGACAUCCCUACAAAGCUGCUGUUAAUGCAAUCAGGAUCAAAUAGCUCUGGGAAUGAGUUCAGGUGCAGCAGGUAUCCAGACACCAGGAAAAAGGACAGUAAAACAUGGGCCCUACCCUGCAUCGGAGAAAAAAAGAAGUGUCUGUCACUCUCUUUCCUCAAGAUCAAUUGGCUUGUUUAAGAAUGACGCUGGGGCAUUGUACCGAGAAAACCUGACAGUCCUGCGUAGUCUUGUGUGCCAGGAUACCACUACAUUCAGAAAUGUUUGGACGAAGCGGUCUAAAUCCCCUAUCGAGUAUGAAAAAGGAAGAAUUUACUUAGAAAAUUACAGGUGCUGUUAUAGUAGCAUUGCUCUGAAGCCAGAACUUCUCUAUGAACUUCCAAAGUGUUCCAAGUUAGAGAAGAUUGAAGAUGCCUUAUUGUGUGAAUGCCCGCUGGGAGAAACGCUACCAAAGUCAUCGGACCACAAGCCCUGCUUACUGGCACUUACAGCAAAUAACUGGCUUUAUCGCUUGUCUGGCCAAACAGGAGCACUGUUAGAAAGUGUGUAUUUGUCUUCUCAGUACAAAUUCAGGUACUUAGAAUGGGAUGUGCCUCAGGAAACUAUGGUGAUAAAGUCAGUUCAGAAGAAACUGGUACCAAUGACUAGACAUGCGCUGCUGUGUUUGGCUGUAUUCAGAGUCCUGCCUCUCACUCUAUUGGGGAUGCUGGAGAUCAACAAAAGAGUUUUUGGGAAAAGUGUUGUGGAUGCCAUGAUAUCUCACGGGUUACUUAUUGUGACUCACAGCAUGGGGCUGGUCAGGCUCUACAGCUUGGAACACAUUACUGAGCAGUUCAUGCUAAAGAAAUUGGUACUUGGGGAGAAGUCUGAAUGGAACGGAACCACUGGUUUGGUUGGUGAGGCUCCAUUUGGCAUACCCUUAAACAUACAAAUAAAAGAUUGCCCUCCUUUACUGUUUGAAGUAUCGUGUCUGGAAAAUGCCUUUCAGAUUGGUGGUUUCCCCUAUCAUUACAUCAUCACUCCUAAACAGAAAAGACAGAAAGGCUCUUAUCAUAUUUGUUCACUGAAGGACAACAAAUUGGCAAAAAAUGGAGUCCAAUUUAUGGAGUGCUGUUCACUGGAAUCUGACUGGAUAUAUUUUCAUCCCGAUGAUUCUGGGCGGAUUGUGCAUGUUGGACCAAAUCAAAUCAAUGUUUUGAAGGUUGAAGAAGCACAGGGGAGCCAGUGUCAGGUUGUACAAGACUUUGCCAUUGCAGCUAAGCGAGAAAAUAAAGUGAAUGCUGUCACAGUCACAGCUUCGGGUCGAGUGGUGAAAACGAGAUUUAAACAACUUGAUGAUGACCCAGACCAAGAGACCUUUAGGAAUGUGGAGUAUGAAGGUGAGCUGGACCUGUUAGCAGUGAUCCAGACAGAAACUGAAGGAAAGGCCCUCAUUGGUCUCUAUGACAACCAGACUGGUGCAGUAAUAAAGGACAUUGCUCUGGCAGAGUCCUGGGAUGUGACCUACAGCCAAGUCUUGUUCUUUGAAAGAGACACGAUUGUGCACAUUGAACAGGAGCCAAACAGCAACUUCAACUGUUACGUUUACAAAAUGACCCGAGACACCACCGAUGAAAAAGAACAGCAGUAACCUUGACAUACGUGAACAGUGAAAUGUGUGUGGUGCCGAGUCUAUUUUAUUAUUGCUUUAAAAGACACCUUUCUCUAAAUACUCUUUCCUACCAGAAUUAUUUUGUUAGUAAAUAUUAUGCAUAAUAAUACAAUGCCUGUAUAAUGUGUAAGACAAUGCCUGUAUAAUGUGUUAUUAUAACUAAGUUUGAUUUAAACAU